AAAAUUAUUUGAAAAACGGCUUGAAAAUAAUAUUAAAGCUGAUAUGGAAGCAUUAUUAACAGCAACUCCAGAAAAUGUUGAAAUAAUUUUUAAUAAAUUAUUAAAUCUUGAUGAUAAACUUACAG